UCGAAUGUUUGAUCAAGGACUCGUCAACUUGUUCCUUGUCCCAUUACAGGCACAAAAAGAUAUCUUAUUAGGAUGGCUGAGAUACACACACUCGGCACAGAAUCAUGAAAAAGCAUAGGCUAUGGCCCCUCUUCAAUUGAUAAGCUAACAUUCCCCACCUAUCUGAAUGGAGCUCUUCAUUGGCUUUGUGUUGAUGACAGGAGAUCAGAUUUUAUAGUUUCCUUUGACAUUGACAGUGAGUGUUUCCAAUCAGUUCCAUUGCCGCCUCUUAGAUGUAACAAACUUGGCUUGAUUGACAUGCCUUUUGUGAGCCUGGGAGUAGUAAGAGAACGUUUGUGCAUCUCUGAAGGUUCCGUUGCCGAUAUCAUUGUUAUAUGGGCGAUGAAGAAGUAUGGAGUCAAAAGUUCAUGGACUAGAAUGAUUUCUGUUGACAAAGAAACUGCAGACUGGUGGUCUUGUUGGCUGUACCAGCCCAUGUGUCAACUGAAGAAUGGGCCACUGCUGAUGUAUCUAAACAGUCAAAGGGCCUUGAUAUACUAUGGCACUAAAAGAGAAGAGUGGAAAUAUCUUAAGAUUUGUGGGAUUGAAUCACAAUUUGAAGCUGUGGCUCAUAUUCCAAGUUUGAUAUCGCUUAAGGAUGCCGUGAUAGGAUACAAUGAUGUGGUGCUGAAUAUAAAUUCAAGGUGUGCAGGAUUGAAACUGCAUGGAGAGACUAAUGCUCUUUUCUUGGUGGAAGAAGCUUGGAAAACGGAUCUGGAUUUAGGCUUCUCGUUGUAUAGUGAUGAUGACAAUGGAGAGCAGAUCACUGGUGGCAGAAGUGAGGCAGCCGAAAACCAAGCUUGAAAAACUACUUAAUGGUGUGCGGGUUUUAAAUUGCAGGAAGAGACUAAAGCUCUUUUCUUGGUGGAAGAAGAUUCGAAAAUGGAUUUGGAUUCGGAUUCUGGUGGCAGGGGAGAUGCAGCUGAAAACCAGACUUGCAAAUUUUCUUAAUGGAAUCCAAUCUUCACUUCAAAACUCAUACCUUUCCUUGGAAGCAACCUUGAAUGCCCUUACAAUUAUGUGUAGUUAUGUGUUUUUGAACCUUUUCCUGAUUCUCUUUACUCUUUAGUACCUAGAUUAACCAGCUAUUCUCCAAACACUAAUGUUUUGGGUUACCUGAAUGGUUUGGGGUCUUCACAGGAUCACCUCUCAAGGGCCUGGGAUGCCAAUUUCCAAUGUCAUUUUUCAAAUUUUCUAAAUA